GUCGUGUGUGGUUGUCAGGCAAACUUUUGCUUUCUGUAAAAUGCGUAGACUUUCUCUCUAAACUAUAGUUUCCUGCAACAGGUAGCCGUGAGAGAUGAGCUGCUGUCAUGGGUCUGUACCCCAGGAGGUUCGGCCUGGUACAGCACGGGUCCUGGUGACUGAGCUAAGUGGAUCAGGCCUUGUCAACCCAACUCCUGCCACAAAAGCAUGUGAAGACUCAGAGACAGCAGUGGAGCUUUACCUCUCUCCAGAAAGGCUGAAAUCGCUGUGUGGAACUCGGGACCUCUCUCAUGUGACCUCGCUGGAGAUCUGCGUAGACACACAAGAAAACACACUGGGUAACUUUGGUGCCUUCUUGCCUAAACUGGUGCAGCUGAAAAUGAACAAAAGCAUGAUCAUGUCAGUAAGAGACCUGGGAACCACCCUUUCCCACCUGCAGGUGCUGUGGAUGUCUCACUGCUGCCUACAAGACCUAGAUGGCAUUUCUACUUUUUCUUCUCUUAAGGAGUUGUACGUGGCCUAUAACACUGUGUCAGAUCUGAGUCAGGUUGGCAUGCUGGAUAACCUGCAGCUGUUAGAUCUGGAGGGGAAUGAUGUGGAUGACUUAGUCCAGGUCCAGUAUCUGGGAUUGUGUGGCAAACUCCAGACACUCACGCUGGAGGGAAAUCCUGUGUGUGUGCGACCGAACCCCACGGCUACUCAGACUGCAGACUAUAGAUAUCGGGCUGCAGUGAGGGAGUUAGUCCCUCAGCUACAUUACCUAGACGAUGUAAGGGUGGAGGAGGAUGGGCUGAGCUGCAGCAGCACCAUGGGAGAAGACUGGGCCAUUCUCCGAAACUCCAUCAGAGACCGCAACUCCUCUCAGGGUGCUACUGAAGACGGUGUGUGGGAGACAGCAGACAGUGUGUGUCCUUAUAGCAGACCCAGCUCAGCCAGGCGCCCUGCUUCCAGCCGCUCCUGUGUCUGGCCGCUCUCGUCAGCGGGCUCCAGACCCCACACUGGCUCCAGACCCAUGUCACUAACCAGGCCUGGAGUUCUGUCCUCUCCUGGAUCCAGACCUGGUUCUGCAGACUCAGAUCUAGCAGCAGUGGAAGCAGAAACCAGUAUCAUGACACAUGGAGCUGGUAAAAUCCUGUUCUGUGGAAACCCAGUCCAGGCUAUUCGAGCGAGGCGAGAGAAGCUGAGGACGGCACCCACCAGGACUAUUUUCACCCCCUGUGACCUGCCCAUCCAUAUACCAGAGCACACGUACGACCUUGAGGAGCCUGAUGCUAGAGAACGUGGUGAUGUGUUCGCUGAGCUUAGAGCUUGGAAGGAGCAGCACAGCAGGCGUCUCCAGGCCAUAGAGACAGAAAGAUUACCGCAGGUCCUGGUCAUUCAGCACAAUGAUAAAGAAGAGGAGGAAGGAGAUGAUGAAGAGGAAGGUUUUGGUGGUAUGAGGAAUGACAGUAGUGAUGGAGAACAUGGAGACGAGAAGCACAGUGAAAGCCUCUAUACUGCCUCAUCAGAUUCCUCAUUCAUGUCUCUUUCCCCAGACCUGUAUCACAGAGAAGCCUUAUCCCCUGACAUGGCUCAACUGUCCCUGUCCUCAGACACCACGCUGUCCCCUUCUCCCCCUGUCAGUGCCACAACAGCUUCUGGUAGUCGGAACCUACAAGGGAUUCGUGCACGUAGGCUUCGACUCAGCCAGGCCAAAUCAGAACAUUCAGCUGAUUCCAGCAGAGUAGGGAGCUCCCACAGGACAGGUACAACAGCAGGAGACACAGACCGGACACUCCAGAAGAUCCAGCAUGUGACCAGGACCUGUGUGCCUUUGUUACCCCAGGCUGCACACAUACCUAGCCGGCCACCAACGAAUGCGAUGGGUGAAGGGCUUGUGGAUUCAUGUGCGGACAUGGACUUAUCCAUUGUGAAGUCUGGUGACAAGCACCUUCACACUCCUCAGAUGUCCAAACUCCUGGACAGACCAGUGAUUACUCGUCCUCACACAGCCAGGGCAGCGCUACAGAAACAUCACCAGCACCACAUACUCCAGCCCUGCAGAGGGAGCUCACACCCAGAUUGACACCAGAGUGGGCUGAUGUUUGGCUGCAUUGACAGUGAUGAGUAUGAUUAUUGUGUGACUUUUCCAUACCCUGAAAAAAACAGAGUGAUAGCAUUGAGGCCAUUCAAGAGGAAUUUGCUGUCAAGCUUGCUCUCACCAUGCUUUAAAGUACGUUUGGAUUACCAGUAUUGCCAUAAGAUUUAGUUAUUGAAGGCAGUCCCGGCGCUGUUGGGACUGACUCACCAGCAUCCUUUAGCAUUAGUAAUUGUGUAAAUAACAUGAGUGACAGUGUAGUUGAAGGACUUGCUAUAAUGAGGUGAUUCCUUUAAUGCGAGUGAGUUGGUGUUAGCUAAAUUAAAAUUAAUGUGGGAUGUAAUUAAUACCUCACAUUUGCAUUUCUCAGGUUUAAGUGUUUCAUUAUUAUAACUCAAGUGCUACCUUGUAUUUUACCCAAUAAAAAA